AUGGCGGACUGCGUUUCACUGUUAGAUGAGGAGCUCUCUUCUUUUGUCUUCAACUACCUGACAGAAAACUCAGGCAGCCAGUAUGGGGAGGAGGAGGUCUGCUCGGACCGCUUGGACGCUGACUUCCCUGACAUUGACCUCUCUCAGCUGGACGCCAGCGACUUUGACUCAGUCAACUGCCUCAGCGAGCUCCACUGGUGCAACGACAAUGCCGACAUCUCCCCUGCCUCCAUCCAGUACAGCACAGGAGACCCCGAGCUCUUUGAGAUAGAAGAUGAGAAUGCGGCGCUGCUGGCUGCUCUCACAGACAGCCUGGACGGCAUGGUGGAGGACGAGGAGGGGGGGCUGUCUGUGUUUCCCUCGCUGAGGGAGGGGUCCGAGGAGGACCUCCCCUUCCCUUCAGGCUCCCUGAGCCCAGAGACAGAAGAUCCGUCUCUACUGAAAAGGCUCCUGCUGUCCCCCCCUAACGUGCCCACGGGCCUGGAGUCACACAAAGAGGGCAGCAGUAGCAGUGUGCAUCGCCAUAGCAGCCGGAGCCUGCAUAUGAAACCUGUCAGGCCAUUGGUUAAGCAGCGUGAAAGCACACAUCAUGAGCAUAAGCCCCGAGCGGUGAGACCAGCUGGACGUCUGUGCACAGAGCUCCACCGGCACCUGACCACCACACAGGAGGCCGAGGACACUCCUUCAGCUGACACAGAGGAGGACGGGGAGGAGGAGGAAGAUGAUGAUGAGGAGGACAGUGAGUCCGAGGAGGAAGAAGAAGAAGAGGAGACCUCGAGCAGUGAGGGUGAAAGCUCCACCCCGCCUGAGCCCUCCAAGCCCCAGUUCUCCUCGGAGAAAGAACUGCACUCUGUGGUGGAGCUCAUCAAGUACAUGCAUACAUACUGCCUCCCCAUGCGCAAGCAGGCCAUCUGGGAGCGCAAGGAGCGUGAGUGCCCAGGCCAGGUACGCAGGGCCAGGCCCGAGUACCCUUCUGCUCGUAUCUCCCCAAACUGUCACAAGGCUGCAACCCAGGCCCAGAUCUGCGCCCCUCGGCCGCGCCACGCCUUCACCCGCAGACGGGAGUUCAAAGCCAACUCUCUUCUGCGCGAACUGCUCGAAACGGUCAAAUCCUUUGAUGUGAGCAAGCCUUACAUACUCCACAGCCCCCCCUACACCCAUAACAGAGGAGCUAUCCCCAAAACAGCGCAGGACAGAAAGACUGAGACCCCCAGUCCGGCUGCCCGUUUGACCAAACCAGAGCUUAGAGAAGACUCAGAGAGCGACAGGUCCCUAGAGGCCCCUAAGAGCCCCGAUCUGGAGGACGCGUCUUUCUCUGUCCGCCGCUCCCGCAGGCUCGCCUCUUUCCCCAGCCGCUUCGCCAAGAAGGUGCGUGCGGGCCGGAUGAGGGUGGAGCCUGUGUCGGGAGCCGGGCACCUUGGCGAGGAGGACAUGGCAGUCAAACACCCCAUGGGACACGGCCUGGAGAAAGACACCACCACCCCUAACAACAGUACUUCUUCCCAAACCACGGCAGACACAGCUGAACCCGAUAACAUCUGCUGUCAAAACGUGAAACGCAGCUCCCUCUGUCUGCCGCUGACUCCCAUAUCUACAGGGAUCAGAGAUACCCAGUAUGCCAACAAGCCAUUUGAGCAGACUCUCAGCGUGGACCUGUGUGGCACAGCAGGCCUCACCCCUCCCACCACCCCCCCUCACAAGCCUGUGGAGGAUGAACUGUUCAAGCCUGAGGGGAAAGGAGAGUCCCCCCCGAAGGGUUCUUGGCUCUCCCGGGCCAACUCCCGCAAGUUCCCCGAGCAGACCGAACUCUACGCUCAGCUCCGCAAGAUGGGCCAGGCCAGCGAUGCAGAUCCCAAAGUCCACCAGACGUUCGGAGACCACGACUACUGCCUGCUGAGCCUGGGGGAGCGUCGGAAGAGAACCGCCGCCAUGCUGUCCCACUCUCUGUUCGGACGCUCUUCUUCUGAAGGGCCAGAGCCUAAGGGGAAAAAGGCGCUGGGGGGCGAGAUGCAUGGACAUCAGCGUGAAGACAAACUCUUCUCCGAGGUACCAGAGUACCUGAGUAACGGUACCAGGGCGGACAGCAAGGGGGACGGACGGAGGGCGACCGCGGCAUCACCCCAAUCAGGAUCGCUCCAUGCUAUAUCACCCCACAAGUCAGAUGAAGAGGGGGAGCGCUCCUCCCUCUGCUCCCGCUCUCCCUCCCCCAUCCUCCACUCCAGCUUCUGCCAGCCCCACUCCCCUAGCAGUAAGCCUGAUAUCAGCUGCGAGAACUCUGAGACGUGCCACGGAGACAAGCAGGGGAACAAAAUCUCCAAGUCUGGGAUUCAAAUUGACGAGGACAACUGCCAAGUGUUCUACAUUCACAACCUGCCGAGCAGCGUCACACAAAUUAUGCUGCGCAAACGCUUCGAGGCCUUUGGCGACCCAGAGGACUGCAAAGUCAUCACCAAAAACGAGGAGCGCUGUGGAGUCAUCAAGUUUCGUCAAGCGCCCAGUGGCCAGCAGAUCCAGAAGCACAGACGAGAGCCGCUCUUCCAGAACAGAGGGGGUGGCAUGCACAGGCUCAGCAGGAAGAGAUACAUUGAUCUGGACGAAGCGGGACCAGGGCCAUUAAAGAGCAAGUAUGACGCCCUGGACUUUGACACCCUGCUGAAGGAGGCCCAGAAGAGCCUGCAUCGCUGACGGGGACUCGGCUGGCCUCGCCUUAGAACCCCCAGACUUGCCUCAGUACCUCAACCAAAACACCUCGUCAUGUUUACAUUUUUAACAUUGGAAUAAGAAACGGACCUUGUCUCUUUUGACUGAGGAUACUACCGAGGAAGCUAGCGGGGGUUGGAGGGAUGGAGGGAAAAGCAACCAAACAACAUAGAAACUCUCUGAACACAAAAGCUGCUUCCUGUCUGUUCAUGACUUAUUUGUGACUCGUUCUCGCACCAUUGGGAGUGGGCGUGCAGGCGGGCGAGACCUUUGUAGCAAAUGUUUCUCCCUCCGUUGGUCAUUGUGGUGUGUGUGUGUGUCUGCGUGUGUGUCGUUUUUUUGUACCCCCUUGGUCACUACUGGUGCAACUGCAAGCUCAGCUGUAUUGGCCGUUACGUCGUACAGUAUAUAACGAGCCUGCUCUAUAUUAGCAAACUUGUGGAUGUUAAAACUAUGUGUGUUAUGACAUAAAAUACAAUAGCAGAAAAAUAAUUUUAAUAACUUAAGAGUUUACAAAUCGAAAAUGAAAAGAAAAAAAUCUUGUUUUAUGUCAUUUUAGUGCUUCCUUAAUUUAAUCUAUGCACUCUUAACGAGGUAAUACUGUUUCUUCUCUCGACUUGUUCCCCCUACUCUGCCUGCUUUACUCUGAAGGUUCCCACUGCUGAAGAGAUAGACAACCUGCUAACACAGCGUUUCCCAAACUCGGUCCUGGGCCCCUCCUGGGUACACAUCUAGUUUUUUGCCCCUAGCACUACACAGCUGAUUCAAAUAACCAACUCAUCCUCAAGCUUUGAUUAUUUGAAUCAUCUGUGUAGUGCUAGGGGCAAAACCCAAAACGUGCACCCAGGGGGGGACCAGGACCGAGUUUGGGAAACGCUGUGCUAACACUAAUCUAGGAUGGCAGUCACUUCAUAUCCUGCCAACACAUAAAUGGGGUUAUGACAACCAAUGCUAUUAUGUCAUGAAGUAAAGUUCAAGGCAUAUUUACCCUAUGAAAACUCACUCACUCUCUGAAGAAAAUCACAAAAUCCAUCUUUGUACUGUUGGAACAUGUGACUCAGUCAGUAAGUCAACUUAUUCAAGCACAGAGUAGAAUCAGACAUUUACUACAAGUUCCAGAUAUACCCUAAACUUUAGUAAUGGAAUGUACACCUGAAUGAUCUGAAUGUAGAGCCCCUGCCUGAAUCCAAAUGAUUAUUAUUAGGAUUAUUGUUAUUAUAUGAAUCCAAGCCUCUGUAUUCUUUAAUAGAGCUCUAAUGCAGCCUGUGUCUUUUGUGAUGCAGCCAGCAGUGUAGCUGAGGGAGAGCGAGUCCGAGGCUCACCGUACAGGGGAACUACCUCUGUAUCUGAUGAUGGUAGAGGUAAUACUACCAUUAACACCUGAGAGAGAGGGGUGGUGGGAUAUCAACCCUGUUGAAGUCUGUUGAAAUGUCCCAGAGGUAUGGAUGGUACUACAUCAGUCAAGCACGUCAACCCUAUUUGCUCUCCUUCCCUCCUUCCCUCUUACCUUUCCUUCCUCCCCUCUCUUUCCCUCUUCCCUCUCCUUCCCUCUUCCUUCCCUCUUCCCUCUCCCUUCCCUCUCCUUCCCUCUUCCCUCUCCUUCCCUCUUCCCUCUCUUUCCCUCUCCUUCCCUCUUCCCUCUUACCUUUCCUUCCUCCCCUCUCUUUCCCUCUUCCCUCUCCUUCCCUCUUCCCUCUCCCUUCCCUCUCCUUCCCUCUUUCCUCUCCUUCCCUCUCCUUCCCUCUCUUUCCUCUCUUUCCCUCUCCUUCCCUCUUCCCUCUUACCUUUCCUUCCUCCCCUCUCUUUCCCUCUUCCCUCUCCCUUUCCCUCUCCUUCCCUCUCCUUCCCUCUUCCCUCUCUUUCCCUCUCCUUCCCUCUUCCCUCUUACCUUUCCUUCCUCCCCUCUCUUUCCCUCUUCCCUCUCCUUCCCUCUUCCCUCUCCCUUCCCUCUCCUUCCCUCUUUCCUCUCCUUCCCUCUCCUUCCCUCUCCUUCCCUCUUUCCUCUCUUUCCCUCUCCUUCCCAUUUCCCUCGUACCUUUCCUUCCUCCCCUCUCUUUCCCUCUUCCCUCUCCCUUCCCUCUCCUUCCCUCUUCCCUCUCCUUCCCUCUUCCCUCUCCUUCCCUCUUCCCUCUCUUUCCCUCUCCUUCCCUCUCUUUCCCUCUUACCUUUCCUUCCUCCCCUCUCUUUCCCUCUUCCCUCUCCCUUCCCUCUCCUUCCCUCUUCCCUCUCCUUCCCUCUUCCCUCUCUUUCCCUCUCCUUCCCUCUUCUCUCUCCUUCUCUCUCUUUCCGUCUCUUUCCUCUCCUUCCCUCUUUCCUCUCCUUCCCUCUUCCCUCCUUCGCUCUCGUUCCCUCUUCCCUCUCCUUCGCUCUCCUUCCCUCUCUUUCCGUCUCUUUCCUCUCCUUCCCUCUUUCCUCUCCUUCCCUCUUCCCUCUCCUUCGCUCUCCUUCCCUCUCUUUCCAUCUCUUUCCCUCUCCUUCCCUCUCUUUCCGUCUCCUUCCCUCUUCCCUCUCCUUCGCUCUCCUUCCCUCUUCCCUCUCCUUCGCUCUCCUUCCCUCUCUUUCCGUCUCUUUCCCUCUCCUUCCCUCUCUUUCUCUCUUCCCUCUACUUCCCUCUUCCCUCUCUUUCCCUAUUCCCUCUCCUCCCCUCUUCCCUUUCCUUCCCUCUUCUUCUCGGGUUCUCUCUCCCACUUUUUACUCUCUAUCUUCAUUCUACUCUGAAACACUUGUUUACUUCUCCCAAGCUCUCUGAUAGGUGAAGGAGGUCAGCUUGGUUUCCCCGCUAAAUUUCCCACUUCUCGCCUCGUGGCUAAAACCUCAAAAUAGAUUGUGUGUCAGUUUUUAGAGUCAGUCUCGACCGUGUAUCCAAUGUGUACCUGAGUGAGUCUUCUGUCUGUGUCUCGUGUUUGGGUGUGCGCUGCCAUCGCUGGGGAUCCCAGGGGGACCCAUGGCCCUCUGGUGUGCUGGGAGACUGAAGACCUCUUCUCUCCCCCUCUUUUUCUUGUUUUCUUAAAGGACCAGGUCCCCCUGUCCUCUGGUCCCUCAAUACUGUGCAGCCUUUCUGUGUGUGGGCAUGGGGCCUCGUGCUGCCCCAGCCUUGGCAAACCCCCUUUCCUUUUUCUCUAAGGUUUUAUCCCUGUCUCUCUACCCCACAUUUAUCUAAUCUCCUCCUCUUUACCACAUGAGGCUGAAUGUUUACAUCACUGAAUUCUCCUUCCACUUUAUUAGAGCGCACACUAAGUACAAAGACGCCUUAUAUUAGAGAGUAUCCUAUCAGGAUAUACCUUCUUGGCUUACCCUAGAAGGUGUACUGAAUUUUAAAAAAUGUCAAUUUAGUGCUAUACAUACGGAUUGAGAAAUGAGUUGUCAUCUGAAAAACCCCUUACUAAUCAAAAGAAAAAAAGCUGAAAGAGUAUUUGUGCUUAGUAUGUAUGCUACUAAACAGUGAGAGAAUGUGCAGGUUUACACAAUACAAUAUAUAUGAUAUAAUAUGUGUAUAUAUGAUAGAAUAUGUGUAUAUAUAAUAUGUGUAUAUAGCACUAUGUCUAGUGUAAACAUGAAAUGUGUUGUUGUGUCUAUACAGCGUGCAUUAUAAAGGUGGUGGGUCACGAUCGCAAAUCAGACUGGCAAGGAUCAACUGUCUUAGGAUGCAAGGUUGAACAAUACAGGGAGUCAUUUAUGCUGAAAUGACUUGACUCAAGGCAAACACUGUUGUAUAAUAUUAUCCCUUUAGAUAUGCUAAGGUUUUAUUUUUUAUUUUUUUUAUGACAAAAUAUUUUUGAUGAUUUUUCUUUUUUUUAACGCAAUUGAGAUGCAAUACAUAUAUCUAUGAGAUUGGAAGGGGUUAUUUCAGUGGUUGGUUGUUCAAAUAUGACAGGGGCAAUCCUUGAAAACAGAUCCUGUAAAUUGACAAAUAAUAACAAUGUGGUCAGUAAUUGUUGACAUCCAAAAAGUAAUGAAUCAAAACAUUAGAACAUGAAAAAAGCCCCAAAUAGUGAAAUAUCUGUUCACAACUUUUCCUGAAGGGAACUCUGUCUAUUACACAUGUUGUUGGGACACAGGUUGCUCAACAUGUUGCAUUUCAGUGGACACUUAAUAAUUGGUAACUUGUGAACAUGUAAAAGUCAUUUUGGAGAGGGGGAAAGAAAGUCCAUGUGCGUUUAGCCCCUUUUGUAUUUUCGGGAUACUUGAUGCCAGCAAUGUGCUUCCGUCAGUAGAACUGAAUGACAGCAAACAGCCGAUUCUCACGAAGAGAGCCUUAAAACAAUAGGGAACAGCUGAAUCUAUUAUUACUGCUCUAGCUCCUUUCAAAUCCAAUGUGUUUUAUUCCUUACUGAAGUCAUUCAAACUUUUUUCAAUACAUACAGCCAUAUUAUAAAAGAUACAGUGCAUUUGGAAAGUAUUCAGACCCCUUCCCCUUUUCCACAUUUUGUUACGUUACAGCCUUAUUCCAAAAUGGAUUAAAUAAAUAAAACAUCCUCACCAAUCUACACACAAUAGCCCAUGAUUAAAGCAAAAAACGAUUUCUAGAAAAUGUUGCAAAUGUAUUUUAAAAAUAAAAAAAAUAUUAGAAAUAUUUGUAUUUUAUCAACCUAAGUAUUCAAACCCUUUGCUAUGAGACUCGAAAUUGAGCUCAGAUGCAUCUUGUUUCCAUUGAUCAUCCUUGAGAUGAUCCUACAACUUGACUGGAGUCCACCUGUGGUAAAUUCAAUUGAUUGGACAUGAUUUGGAAAGGCACACUUGUCUAUAUAAGGUCCCACAGUUGACAGUGCAUGUCAGAGUAAAAAACCAAGCCAUGAGGUCGGACGAAUUGUUCAUAGAGCACCGAGACAGGAUUGUGUCGAUGCACAGAUCUGGAAAAGGGUAGCAAAAAAUGUCUACGGCAUCGAAGGUCCACAAAAACACAGUGGCCUCCGUCAUUCUUAAAUGGAAGAAGUUGGGAACCCCCCAAGACUCUUCCUACAUCUGGCCGCUAGGUCAAACUGAGCAAUCGGUGGAGAAGGGCCUUGUUCAAAGAGGGGACCAAGAGCCCGAUGGUUACUCUGACAGAGCUCCAGAGUUCCUCUGUGGAAAUAGGAGAACUUUCCAAAAGGACAACCAUCUCUGCAGCACCCCACCAAUCAGGCCUUUAUGGUAGAGUGGCCAGAUGGAAGCCACUCCUCAGUAAAAGACAUGACAGCCCGCUUGGAGCUUACCAAAAGGCACCUAAAGGACUCUCAGAUCAUGAGAAACAAGAUUAUCUGGUCUGAUGAAACCAAGAUUGAACUCUUUGGCCUGAAUGCCAAGCGUCUGGAGGAAACCUGGCACCAUCCCUAUGGUGAAGCAUGGUGGUAGCAGCAUUAUGCUGUGGGGAUCUUUUUCAACGGCAUGGGCUGGGAGACUAGUUGAAGGAAAUAUGAACAGAGCAAAGUACAGAGAUCCUUGAUGAAAACCUGCUCCAGAGCUGGGGAAAAGGUUCACCUUCCAACAGGACAACAACACUAAGCACACAGCCAAGACAAUGCAGCAGUGGCUUCGGGACAAGUCUCUGAAUGAGCCCGGACUUGAAUCCCAUCGAACAUCUCUGGAGAGACCUAAAAAUAGCUGUGCGGCAACGCUCCCCAUCCAACCUGACAGGGCUUGAGAGGAUCUGCAUAGAAGAAUGGGAGAAACUCCCAAAAUACAGGUGUGCCAAGCUUGUAGCGUCAUACCCAAGAAGACUCGAGGCUGUAAUCGAUGCCAAAGGUGCUUCAACAAGGUGCUGAUUAAAGGGUCUGAAUACUUAUGUAAAUGUAAUAUUCUUUAUUUAUUUUUUAAAUUGUGCUAAAAUGUCCAACUGUUUUUGCUUUGUCAUUAUGGGGUAUUGUGAGUAGAUUGAUGCGAAAGAAAAUGAUUUAAUUCAUUUUAGAAUAAGGCUGUAACAUAAAAUGUAGAAAAAAGGGAAGUUCUGAAUACUUUCUGAAUGUACUGUAUAUACAUAUGAAUAUAUAUUUGUGUUUGUGUAGAUGAUGAUUAUAUACUUUCUUAUUGAAAACUUUGAUGUUGACCAUUUCCCUCAGUGUUUCAGAGCACUUCGACACAUUUCAACAACUAGCCUGCUAUCCGUCUAGGAUUUGUUGGAUUGAGAGAUGAUCCAAAUUGAACUCCUUCCAAAGGGAACCCUCAUCAGAACAGAAUGCAAUACUUUCUUCCCAAUCUUCAUUUCAGAAAAUAGCAAGAAAUAAACUUGAGGCAAACUGACCUCUUCCUAGGUUUUGGCCUUUCUAGGGAGUUUUUCCUAGCCAACGUGCUUCAACACCUGCAUUGCUUGCUGUUUGGGGUUUUAGGCUGGGUUUCUGUACAGCACUUUGAGAUAUCAGCUGAUGUACGAAGGGCUAUAUAAAUACAUUUGAUUUGAUUUUAAAUUUGAUUUGAUUGACCAAAAACUAUAUUUGAUGUUGGCUUAAAAUUUAAUUUGGAGUACCUCGUCAGGUUGAUUUCUAAAUGUCAUAUGUCCAGCUACAUGGCCCACACAAAUACACAAUAUAUACAAAAGUAUGUGGACAAUCCUUCAAUUUAGUAGAUUCGGCUAUUUCAGCCGCACCCGUUGUUGACAGGUGUAUAUGCGAUCUGUGUGCAUGCGAUCUCCAUAGACAAACAUUGGCAGUAGAAGGGCCUUACUGAAGAGCUCAGUUACUUUCAAUGUGGCACCAUCAUAGGAUGCCAUCUUUCCAACCAGUCAGUUCGUCAUGUUUCUGCCCUGCUAGAGCUGCCCUGGUCAACUGUAAGUGCUGUUAUUGUGAAGUGGAAACGUCUAGGACCAACAAUGGCUCAGCCGCUAAGUGGUAGGCCACACAAGCUCACAGAACGUGACAGCCGAGUGCUGAAGUGCGUAGCGCGCAAAAAUUGUCUGUCCUCGUUUGCAACACUCACUACCAAGUUCCAAACCUUCUCCGAAAGCAACGUCAGCACAAUAAUAGCUGACUAUUUGUCGGGAGCUUCAUGAAAUGGGUUUCCAUGUCCGAGCAGCUGCACACAAGCCUAAGAUACGGAAUGCUAAGCGGCGACGGACAAAUCUGGGUUUGGCGGAUACCAGGAGAACGCUACCUGCCCCAAUGCAUAGUACCAACUGUAAAGUUUGGUGGCAGAGGAAUAAUGGUCUGUGGCUGUUUUUCAUGGUUCUAGCUAGAAUCCUUAGUUCCAGUGAAGGGAAAGCUUAAGCAUACAAUGAUAUUAUAGACGAUUUUGUGCUUCCAACUUUGUGGCAACAGUUUGGGGAAGGCCCUUUCCUGUUUCAGCAUGACAAUGCCCCACUGUUGAGAUCAGUGUGGAGGAACUUUACUGGCUUGUACAGAGCCCUGACCUCAACCCCAUCGAACACAAUUGGGAUGAUUUGGAACGCCGUAUGCGAGCCCGGCCUAAUCGCCAAACAUCAGUGCCCAACCUCACUAAUGCUCUUGUGGCUGAAUGGAAGCAAGUUCCAACAUCUAGUGGAAAGCCUUCCCAGAAUAGUGGAGGCUGUUAUAGCAGCAAAAGGGGGACCAACUCUAUAUUAAUACCCAUGAUUUUGGAAUGAGUUGUUGAACAGGUGUCCACAUACUUUUGGUGAUGUAUUUCAGUUUUGACAUUUAAUUUGACAUUUAAUUUAAUUGGAAAAUAUUGUGUCUUUAAAAUCCCCACCACGUUAAUAAAACGCCCUAUGGACAGAAAGUGCUUGCCAUACUGGUCCUAUAUAGGCCAUUGAAUCACCACGGAUCACUGUAUUCUGGAUGUAAAUGAUUGUGUCUGCACUACUACUAGUCGUGUGUAUCAAUGUUUUUUGUAUCUUAGGCAGACAGAUGGGAACGUGAUGUAAAUGGUUACUUCGGGUGCUGCAAACUGUCACAAUCUAGCUAGUUGUGUGUGGGUCUUUGGUGGAAGAAAAACAGACAGAAAAGGGCACACAUUGUUUGUUUUGUGUUUUUAUUUUGGAUUUCUAGUUAUUUUUGUUCUAUUUACAUCUAAUGACUAUAAAAAUCAUUUUCUAACUUUAGUUUUUGGUAUAUGGUAAAUACUAGUAAGAUUUUAUAUUUUUACAUAUGUUUGUUGUACUUUGCGUUUAUUCUUUUCUAUUUAUACGCCACUUAGUUUGGAUGUAUUUUUCUGUUUUGUGUGAUUUCCUAUGUGUUGAGAAUGUAGAGACAAAAUGCAUUUCAGUAUUUUUGAAUUGUUAAAAUCUAGUUUCAUAGAUACAUUUAUCUAUAGGGGAAAUUAUCUGAUGUUAUAAAUUAUAUUUUAAUUCAUGUAAAUAGACUAUGGCUUCCUUUUAAACUGAAUACAUUUCUCUUCAGAGAUUGUUUACAUUAUUAAACUGUAGAAAUGUUACUCAUAUACUGUAAAAAGUACAUAUUCAUUGAUUUGCCUCCCAAAAAUAAAAUCCUUGGACAUGA